AUGGCCGCUUAUAUCUUCUCAAAUUAUGGAGAGAGUGAAGUGCCUGUGUGGGUGAAUGAUGUUCAGUGUGGAGGAAACGAAUUGCAUCUCCGCAACUGCAGGGCAUUUGCAAUGAACUCUUCUCUCAAUGAAAGUGUCGGCGUCGGGGUUCUGUGUUCAGAACACAAACAGUUGAGGCUGUCAGACGGUGGAAGCCCAUGUGCAGGCCGAGUGGAGAUUUAUUACAACGGGACCUGGGGCUCAGUUUGUGAUGAUUCCUGGGAUCUGACAGACGCUGAUGUCGUUUGCAAACAGCUGCAUUGCGGAAAGGCUUUGGACAUGACACUUCCUGCCUCUUGGGGACCAGGCUCAGGUCCAGUUUGGUUGGAAGGCUUGGAGUGUUCAGGGGAGGAAUCGUAUCUCUGGCAAUGUCCCUCUGAAUAUUGGGGUGCCCACGACUGUUCUCAUAAAGAAGAUGUGAAGAUCAUGUGCUCUGAACACAAGGAGCUGCGGCUGGUGAAUGGAAAGCAUCGCUGUGAGGGGAGAAUUGAAGUGUUCUACAAUGGAACCUGGGGAACAGUGUGCUCAGAAACACUGGAUCGCCAAGAUGCUGAGGUGAUCUGUAAACAGUUACAGUGCGGCCCUCUCGCUUCUAUUGAGUAUAGCGCUAGGACAUUCGGAGAAGGUUCAGGACGUAUUUGGCUCGAUGAAAUAGAAUGUAUUUCACAUGAGUCGACCAUUUGGCAGUGUCAGACAGACCCGUGGGGACAACACAACUGUAAUCACAAAGAAGAUGCAGGCGUUUCAUGUUCAGGAAGAAAGAUAACAAAGGGCCAGCCCAAAAGUGAAAAAGAUUGUGGGCGAGAAUCAGAUUCAGAUGUAGGUUUGCGCCUGACUGGAGGUAACACCAACUGCUCUGGGCGAGUGGAGAUAAUGUGCAAAAACAACUGGAGCACAGUGUGUGAUGACUCUUGGGAUAUGGCCGAUGCCAAUGUUGUCUGCAGACAGCUGCAUUGUGGCUCUGCUCUACUGGCCACAGCAGGGGACGCAUUUGGACAGGGUGAAGGUGACAUGUGGUUUGAUGAGGUGAGGUGUACAGGAAGCGAAUCCUUUCUCUCUGAUUGUCCUUCCUUAACGUCUGCUCAACCUGACUGUGAUCACAAGGAGGACGCCAGUGUGAUUUGUUCCGGUCCAGAAUUGUCAUCAGCUGCUUUUCCAUCCACACCCGCAGGUUGGUCUUAUGAAUAA